GCCAGUAGUCAAGUAAAAGCAAAAUGUAGUGAAAAAAUUAAUAAGUUCAACGUUAAGUAAGAACUAAUAAUAAAGAGAGUUGCUGAAUUCUUGAGAAGGAAAAUUGUGAAAAUAUUAGUUUUGUUGCAAUUAAAGAGCUUUUGACAUCUCUACCCGUUAUUGAUGUAGAGUGCAAUGGUCUGUAUGAGACUGGCGAGAGUGUAAGCCACCGCGUUAAUUUUAACAGUGCCACGUAAUCUAAUACCUUGAGUGCCUUUACAAUGGCUCAAAUCACUGAAAUGUGCUACUAUAUAGUGUCGUUACUGUGUAAAGUUGUAUUAAGCUUGAUAGCGCUGUACGUGGUGAGACGAAGAAUAAAGAUGAAGAGGGUGUAUGAGUUGGCUGACAAGUUGAAGAAUUCCUACAAACCACUACCGCUUAUAGGCCAUGCGUAUAUGGCGCUGGGUACUAACGAAGACAGAUUGAACGUGUUGAAGCAGUUUUCGAGUGAAGCGAUAAACAAUAAACAUGGGGUCACUGGCGCUUGGAUAGGAAUGAACUUUUAUGUCGUAGUGGCGGACCCCCUCGCCGCUGAAGUGCUGACAAAGGCAGUGCUGGUGAAAUCUGACAUGAAGGCCUUUCGCCAUCUCACCGGAAAAUACGGUUCUAUAUUUGCACCGCUGGACAUAUGGCGAAGACACCGAAGAGUGGUUCUGCACAGCUUUAGUGAAAAACACUUGCGGGAUUACAUCGAGAUUUUCGCUAAUCGCAGCCUCACCGCAGUGGAAGAACUAGACGUGGUCGCCGACAACGGACCUUUCUCCAUAUGGGAUCGUAUUCUAGAAUAUUCUAUGACGUCAGUCAGUCAGUCAUUGCUUGGAAUGGAAAAUAUAGAUAUUAAGGAUAAGGAGCACGAAUUAUUCAUGCAAGCGUUCUCUAUGUAUCUGCAAUACACAGCGGAGAAAAUGAGCCAGCCCUGGCUUCGCUCUGACGUCAUAUUCCGGAUCAUGCCCAUUUACAAAAAGCUGGAGAAGUGGAAAAAUGUAAUUCAUAGUUUUAUUGAACAGGUUAUAAGAAAAAACAUGAGUAAGCCAGCCGGUUCCCCCAAGAACGUGAUGGAGACGAUAAUGGAGACGUCUCGGAGCUUCGAGCAGCCAUUCAGCUUGGAGGAGCUGCGCGACGAGCUGGUGGUGCUCAUCCUGGCCAGCAUCGACACCAGCACUGUGGCCGUGUGCUUCACCUGCCUCAUGAUGGCCAUGCAUCCUGAGUGCCAGGAGCGGGCGUAUAAGGAGGUAAUGGAAGUGAUGAAAGACGCAACAGCGCCGACCAUAGACCACCUAUCUAAGCUGACAUAUUUGGAUGCUGUCAUACGGGAGACUUUGAGGUUGUAUCCGCCAGUGCCUUUGAUUGCGAGGAAAGUCGACGAAGAUGUUGAAUUACCGACCGGUCUAACGAUAGUCCCAAACUGCGAGCUGCUGAUAAGCGUAUGGGCAAUCCACCGCCACCCCCGCCACUGGGGCAGCGACGCCGACAUCUUCAACCCCGACAGGUUUCUGAAACCUUCCGAACGACCCGGAGGCUCCUUCAUGGCCUUCGGAUACGGACCCAGGAAUUGUAUCGGCUACCGAUUGGCGAUGAAGUCCACUAAGAUAGUACUUUCAUCGAUCAUACGACGCUUCAGAAUUCUACCGCCAUCGAACCAAAGUCAGUUUGAGUUGAAAUUGAAAUACGACGUGAUGCUGAAAGACGUUAACAACUUCCAAAUUCAAUUGCAGCGAAGGAAAUGACCGCAACGACUGCACGCAAAGUAUCUACUUUGUCGCCACGACUAUACAUAAAAUGCGAAACAAUUAAUGUCCCAAAAAUUAUAAUACGUGAUUUGAUAUUAUAAUUUAUGUAACGCAUGGAUUUAAAUUUAAAAUAUUUUACAUUUAAUUUAUUAUUACUGUAGUCUUAACCUCCUAGUACGCUCUGCC